CGACGGCGGACAAAGUAUGCCAGGGCGGAGCCUAUAUUUUGACAGCAAGUUUUUUUGUGUUUUGCUCUGGAAAUUUAGCUGUUCUUAACCCAAAUUUCACAGUCAUCUUAAUUAUACCAAAAUAUCAAUGAUGGCUACUACGACUAUAAACGAGCAAUUAUCUCUAGACAAAGAUAUAAAUCGAGCUGUGGAACUGUUAGAAAAAUUGAUGAAAAGUGGAGAGGUUCCAACGGCAAAAUUGUCUGCCUUGCAUAAGGUGUUGCAGAGUGAUUUUCUUAGGGCUGUGAGAGAAGUUUACGAACAUGUAUAUGAGACAGUGGAAAUGGGUGGUUCACCUGAUGUUCGAGCUUCUGCCACAGCCAAAGCUACAAUUGCAGCCUUUGCUGCAAGUGAAGGUCAUGCCCAUCCACGGGUAGUAGAGCUUCCAAAAACUGAUGAGGGCCUUGGGUUCAAUGUAAUGGGAGGAAGAGAGCAAAAUUCACCAAUCUACAUAUCAAGAAUCAUUCCUGGUGGUGUGGCAGACAGACAUGGUGGUCUCAAACGUGGAGACCAAUUGCUCUCUGUUAAUGGAGUGUCGGUAGAGGGAGAAAACCACGAGAAAGCAGUUGAACUCCUCAAAGCUGCUCAUGGUUCAGUGAAACUAGUUGUUCGCUACACACCAAAGAUAUUGGAAGAGAUGGAAAUGCGUUUCGACAAACAAAGAACGACGCGCCGGAGACAACCAUAUUGACUUUAUUCGAGCAAACUUCAGCUAAAAACACUAUCAUCUGCAUCGCAAAUACUGCAUUAUUAAUAGUUUAACCAUUUCCCCAUCCUGAUCUGUUUUUAAAAAUCCUCAAAAUUGUGUAGCUGUAUUCAUUUUGAAAUUGAGCAACUGUGACAAAAACGGUCAAACGUUUGUCAAUUGUUUUGUAGAGAACAAUUUCCUUGAGUUAUCUUUGCUGUUGUUUUCGUGUUUGCAGGAACACAAGUUUCCAGAAAUAAAAAAUAGUCGAUAAUCCUAA